CUCUAGUCAAAAUGCCCGGGCGGAUUUUUUGUCCCAGUCCAUGCCUGGCUGGACCCAGAGUGAAAUUAAUUUGUUAUUUCUUAUCUUUCAUCUGAAAAGUGUCACUUACGUUAAUACAUACAGGUGACUUUGUUUUAGAACUUUUAUGGUGCGCUAAUUACAUUAAAUUUCAACAUAUCAUUUUGUGGCAGGUUGUGGUUUAGCAUCAGGUGAGGGGUAGAGCAAGUUCAGGUGACAGUGGCAGAGGAGGCUGGGAGAAAGAGCUGAUGCCUGCCACGGUGUGAAACGAGUGGCUUCGAGUUGUGAACUAAAUAAAAACUAUUAGUGAAACGUGACGCAGAACUGUCUCCUUGUGUGUGUCAUAACAGAGAUCAGUAACAGAGUGAUACAGUGGUGCCCAGCUUGCCGCUACGACAUGUCAAACCCACAGAAUCUACAGCCAGCUCAGGCACUGGCUCAAAUGAUGGCCAGCAUGGCAGACUUGCAGCAGCAGCAGGCAGUACUGCACCAGCGGCAGACGCAGAUGCUACUAAACCUUUUGCCUCAGUCUGGGGCCGCUGCGAAUCCGCUCCACCUGGAACUCUCUCCAGAAGACCAUCGUCGCCGCUUCCGUGGUUGCCGCAUGGGACCACAAGAAGGGCCUUCGGCUUUUGCCCAGCAGCUCCUGUACGACGCGGGGAGGUGGCUGCAUCCUGGCCCGACACAAGGGGAGGCGCAGCUGCUGGAGGCUGUCGUUCUGGAGCAGUUUGUGGAGGGGCUCCCAAGGGAAAUGGCGGACUGGGUCAAGUGUCGCAAGCCACCCAAUCUGGAGGCGGCAGUGAGGCUGGCUGAAGAACACCUGGCGGCGCGGACGGAAAACCCCAGAAGAUCGCAGCCAGGGGAGGUCCUGGCAGCGACAGGCGCUGUACCUGGCUCAUUGGUGGCUGCACAGACACAGGGACAGGUGCGUGAGCAGUGUGGGGACCUGGGACAUUUUCAACAGGAAUGCCAGGAGGACGCCAUGGAGGUGCAGCAGGUGUACAGUGUUACCGGGAUGUCUACACCCAACUUUGGUCGAGGAGGGCUGUACAGCGUUCUGUCUCCAGUCGCAGCUCAACACAGCCCGUUCCUCCUGCACUAUCAGGAGCAGGAUCAGCAGAAACUCCUCAACAGCAACAUUGUACCCCAUCAG